AUGCUCUCCUCCUCCCGCGCAUCCCUCCUGAGGCUGGCCUCGGUCUCGCGAGCUUCAAGGGGUCUAUGUAUGCGCUAUCAACACACCAUCCCUCAGAUUGACUCAACGUGCAUCCCCCUCAAGCCGACUUGGUCGGUCAACAAGCUGCUUUCAUCCUAUCCCCGCCCGACAAUCACCCCAUCGACGCUGAAGAGGCUUCACGAACUGUCGGCGCUGAUACCUCCGGCAGAAGGCACGCCUCAACAUGAUAAGCUAACUCGCGAAAUGGAAGAGCUUGUGAAGCUCGUGGAGGCCGUCAAGCUCGUUGACGUGAGCGAUGUCGCAGAGGAUGGCGCAGUGCCGGACGGCAGGAUAUGGGUCGCGGGGGAAGGUAUCAACCUGGAUGCCCCGACGCAAGACGUGGACGAGGUGGACGGGCGCGCUUUACUGGCACACGCGUCGCGGACUAUUGACGGCAUGUACGUCGUGGAGUCAGACAAGCCUCGGGGUUAG